AUGAAUAUCAGUUCUUAUGAAAUUGAAUUGCCUAUAAAUAAAUUAUCUCCAUAUUAACAGCUAUAUCGAGGAAGACAUCAAAAUGGAUAAGUUUAUCUGUUGCACAUAUUUCCAAGAUAAUAUUUAACCUAAGAAAUGAUUGACUAAAUAAGUUUUAGACAAAAACAGUUGGACUUUGUGUUUGAGAAAAUAGAAUCUAAGGAAGCAAUACUAAUUUCUUAUUUAGAUAGUGCUUUUUGGAUAAAUUUGGAAUAAUAGAUAAAAAUUGAGUCAUUGAAAUCCCUUUAUUAACAAUUGUAUCAAAAAUAUUCCAUUUUAGAUGGGAAUUUAGAUUUCGACCCCGAUUUCAUUUUUACAUAUGAUGGUUAGAUAUUUGUUUUGGAUUAUGGAAUAAGUGAUUUUGUAAAUAAAAAAUACAGAGAUUUCGAAUUCACAACAAAAACUAAAACCUAUCUCUUUGGUUUAUUGUUAUUAAAUCUUAACUGCCCAAAAUACAUGACUGAUAAAAUCUAUUAAUGCAAGGAUUAGUAUUAAAUUGAUUAUUAUAUCAAAUAAGAAGCAGAAAAUAAUCACUUAAGCUAUGAUAUUUUAGAAUCAAUCCUCAAAAUGGUUAAAUUGGAUCCAUCUCAAAGACCCACAUUUUAAGAAGUCGGCUAGUGGAGAUAGUUUUAUUCAAAAAAAUAGGUGAAGAAACAUAGUUCUAGUGUAAUAGAUUUUACAAAUACUAUCAUUCCUUCAAAUAACACAACUAGUUUUCAUUCAUCAUAAAGGGCUAUUAAAUAAUAAAACUACCAAGCUUAUAAUUAAUAAGAUUCAAUUCAUAAUGAAUCCGUCAGAGCAGCCAUUUAAAAAUAAAAAAGAUAAAUUCCAAUUUCCAAUUAUAAAUGCUCAUCCUAUGAUUUUGCAUCAGCAACUAUGACUAAAAAUCUAUAAAAUAAAAAAUAAUCUGCCUCUAAUAUAAAUAAGGAUAAUGUUACCUAGCAAUCAUUUUAUUAAAAUGGUAAUGGAUAAAGAUACUCUUAAUAAAGUGUAAUCUCGAACAAUAAAACCUAAAAUUAUUUCUUUUAUUAAAAGUCUGUACUCUCUCAACAAAAGUUGUAAUAGCCAGUUCUAAGUAGAGACUCUAGUAAAACUUAAUAAGUACAAAAAUUAGAGAAAAAUUCUCCAUUUAUGUCUGAUGGAUCUCAAAUACCUGAUAUAAUUGUAAAUAAACCUGUUAUGAAUCAUGUAGCAAAUGCUUAAAAAAUUGUAAAACAUUCAAACAAUGAUAUCUCAACGAGAAAUCAACCUAACUAACAAAUAAAUAAUUUAUCAUAUUUAAAUGUUCCAAAUUCAAACUAAACUGAAAAAAUUUAUAAUACUCAAAUCCCAAAUGCACAAAUUAAUCAAGAUAAUUUUAAAUCUCCUUUUAUAAAUAUGUCUAAUUCAUAAUUAAAAGAAACCAUAAAUAUAGAUAUGGAAGAAUAAUCUGAUUAUUAAAAUAAAUAAUAAAAGGUUUUGAAACAAAAUAAGUUAAAAACACCUGCUCAUGGAUAAUUAAAUAAAAAGGAAGAUGAUAAAAUUGAAGUUUUAUUAUUAUAGGAUUAAGCUAACUCUAAUUAAAAUACAAUUUAGACUCAAUAGAAUAAUUAAUAGGUUUAAGGUAAAAAAUAAGAAUUCAUCAAAAGACCUUUUUAGGACUAUCAAAUAAUAACACAGAAACCUAAUUUAGAUUAAAAAGAUAAAUAAGGAAAUAAUGAUUAAUAUUAAUAAAAUGCUUAAAAUUUAGAAAUUUUGGAUUUCUAGGAUCCGAAAUUUUUAAAUCCUUCAGAUUAAUUAAAUAGAAAUUAGGAUAAUCAAAUUUAAUAAAACGUAAAGUUUGCUGAUUAUAUAAAAAAAUAUUUUCAUUAUUUAUCAAUUAUAGAAUAUAUUAUUCUCACUGUUAAUGACUUGAAUCAAAAGUUAAUGUCAUAAGGCAAAUAAUGGAUUGUUCCACUUACCUUAGUUUAUAAAAGAGGAUAUGUAAUUAGAAGACUUCUUCUUCAAGAUGUAUAACAGGAAAAGAAUAUAUUUGAUUUACCAGAUUUCAUCGCAUUUAAAGCAACUCAAUAGUAUUAAUAACUGUAAGCUACUAUAACAUAAUAAAAUGAUAAUGUAGAGUAGGAAUUUUAACUCUAUUUGGAGAAGGCUUGUAGCUAUCUUAUCACAAUGGAAGAUGUAUCUUAAUAGAAGUUAGGGCCAUAACUAAAUUUAAAUAUCAAGACUAGCACAAAGAUUUAAACAUAAAAAUAUCUAUAUACCUAAUUAUAUCCGAAGAUUAAGUCCUCUCUAACUAAAGCCUAAGCUGGUAAUUUACAGAAUAACUAGUUCUCAGAGAGGGAUUGGAUCUAAUCAAAGUUAUUGUGCUUAUAUACUAUUCUAAUCAUUGAUUUAGAUUUGUACUAAAUGGAGUCUUAAAAUUUUAAAGAAUCAACACUCAUUGAAUAUAGAAAAAGUAAAGAUAAUGAUCUAGUUUAAAUUCAUUGCAAUGAAUUAGAAAUAACAAUUAAUAAACUUCCAUAAUUUAAUGCAUGA